UUUAUGUUUCCAUCAAAAGGCAGUGGUGGCUGAGAUAAAUGAUGAAACAAAACUUGGGAGGUUAAUUUUCCUUAUUUUGAAAAAGGUUAUAAUAGUCUUAAAUGGAAAAUUAAAUUGUUGGUUGGGUAUGUUGGUUUUUUAUAUUACUUUGAAUGUAUUGAUUGUGUUUCUAACAAAUCUUACUGUUUUGGUGGAGUAUGUUAGUAAUUAAAAGUAAUGAAUAACUGUACAAAUUCGAGUAUCUCUGAGAAUUAGUAGUUUGGUUAUUAGUCAAGGGAUACACAAUAACUUAAUAUAAUAGCUUUUUAAAUAAUGUGCAAAAUAUGAUCUUUGUCUGUAUUUCUACUUAUCUGUCAAGAGAAUUGUACAUUCCUAUUUGUACUGCAAUAGAAAAAAUCUAAAAGAUCAUAACAAUAACAGACAUACCUUAAUAUAAUAAAACACAACAAACAAUAUACUUAGUAAUAAAGGAUGCCUGAUAAAAAAGGAUGUUAGGGGAAAAAGGAGGAAAUUUUCCACUUCUUUCUUCCACAUUUUACUUAGCAUGUAGUUCCUAUGUCAGCAUAGAAACUGAGAUGAGAACUUAAAAUCAUGGGGGAAAAGCUACUUUCCCCAAAAUAGUGUAAACUCAUAUAAACAGGGAAAGGUGUUCAAAUAUGUGGCUAAAUAAAUGUCAUUUCAAAUAGUAUAUUCAAACAUGUAUGUGAUGAGGAAAAAAAUUAAAAGGAUUAGACUCAAAUGUACGCCAUGAACAACUCAGUUUGAGUACUGAUGAUGUGUAUUUUCAUCUUUAGAUUUUUAUGUACUUUUAGAUUCUUUUGGAAAUGAUAGUGGAGCUGAAAAGGGAAUAAUCACUUUUGUUACAGACACUUGAGCGAAUAGCUACACACACAUUCCAUUGUCUUUAGCUGCAGUAGGAUUUUUCUGUGGGUCUGAGAAGGCUCAUUACCUGAUUGCUUGUGCUUUUCUUGCAAUUCAACUAUUGAGGCUAUAGUCCAGACUCUGAUUCAAGCAGAACAUAUUUAUCUUUAUACUCCUGAGGAAUAAUUCAUAAAAUGUUUUAAACAUAUUGUGAUAUAGUCAUAUAGUAUAGUAUAGUAUAGUAUAUCUAUAAUGUUGAAUACUACGCAGCUGUAAAAGGAAUGAGCUAACUCUAAAUGCAAUGAUUAGAAUAAAUGUCCAAGGUGGUUUCUAAAAAUAAGCAAAUUGAAGAAUGGCCUGUAUCAUGUACUCCUAUUUGUUUACCAAAAACAAAAUGUGCAUGCAUUAGUACAGCGUAUGCAAUAAAAAUCUGUAAAUAUACAUACCACUUUAUUAAUUGGAGAUAUAAGUGUUCUUGUAUCUCCACACAUAUCUCCAAUUAAUAGAAUAUUUUAACCUUCUAUCUGUUACAUUUCCCCAUUUUAAAAAUUUCAUUUUGAAAAGAGCAAGCCUGAAUAAUUUUCAUCAAGAGAAAAACAAAAUUUUAGAAAUGUGGAAAGAAUUUUGUAAAGCAAUUCACAAAAAGAUGAUAUGGAAAAUAAUUAUUGAUAUGGAAAGAUGUUCAAAUAUAUUACUGGAGGAAUAAAGGGUCUAGUUUCAAAAAGCUUCCACAUUGAUAAGUAUCUACAGAAAAAAAUCUAGACAUAUACAGAGCAAACCGUUACAUUUUGACCAUUGUUGUGGAGAUUUCCUUUCUUCUUUGGAAAUCCAAAAGAUGUAGAAAUAUAUAUACAAUAUGCAUGAGAUAUAUUAUAAUGAAAAAUAUUAAAACGAGAACAUUAUGAUCCCACUUUUGUAUAACACAUGCACAGAACUCUUCAACUGAGAAUGAAAAAUUCUAGAAGCCUGAGUGUCUGCAGUUCUAGUUCUGGUCACAAGAUGGUGCUUGCCAGGUUUCCUAAGCUUUGUCCAGGCAAAUAUUUUUAUGAAGUGGACAAAGCAGUGAAAUGUGUUUUGUAUUAGCCGACUAUGAGACAGCAUGUAGAGUGUGAUUGAAAUUCCAUUCAAAAUAUUGUAAAUAUCUAGAAGAAAAAUCCCCACCAAUAACUGACAUAAAGAUUCACACAGAAAUCAUAAAAAAUGCUGCUACAUAGAGUCUGGCCCAUAGUAGAAACAAGUCAAUUGUUCUUUCCCUUCUCUCUUUUCUCCACCUCAUAAUUUUCCUGAAGGAUAUUAUUUUAGCAUGAAUGAAAUAACAUAACUGACCCAGAGAGCAUUUCAUAUUGUAAUAACAUGAAGGAAAACAGAUGGCAUCUACAUUGCAGAUGAGAUUUCGCCUCAUUCCUGUGUUUUGGAAUGACAUGCUUGUUAGAGUUUAGGUAGGGAAAUUUAUUUACACCUUUUCCAUUUCGUUGGUUUGAUUCCCUGCCAGCCGAGCCCCAGAAGGACAGUUCAACCACAGAAGUGCUGAGCCAGGUAAAGACCCUGCUGGACAAGCAGUUGGAGUGAGACUCAAGACAGCUGGACCACAGGACCAGACCCACCAGGAUCCACGUGACAGUGGCAUAGGUUAAUAUCAGAGAUGCACAUGACCUGGGCAAUCUGCAUGUGAUACCAGCCAAGCCCCGGGAAGACAGUACAGCCACAGAAGUGCUGAGUCUGGUGAAGGCCCUUCUGGACAAGCAGUUGGAGUGAGAAUCAAGACAACUGGACCACAGGACCAGACCCACCAGGAUCCACGUGACAGUGGUAUCUUCCGGUAUUGUCCCAUUCAAACAACGUUUUCAAGCUUCCUUGGAAAAUUGAGGUGGAGAACAGGCCACACAAACUGUAAACCCUUUGUAGUCAUAAGACGAAAGAGGCUUUGUUAAGAGUAUUGUUUUGGGUAGAACUUGCAUUAGCAGUUACAAAGACAGCCACCUCAACUUUGGUAAUAACCCUUGGCACACAAAUAUAAAACAUAAUGGAGUCUGAGUAUGUCCUAUGCCACUGGAAAGACCAGUUAUGGCCAGCAAAAGUUUUGUCCAGAUCUGAAACUUCAUCAAACAGUAAGAGGAAAAUGGGAUUUUCUCUAGAAGUUCAAAUACUCUCACUAGAUGAAAAAAUUAAAAUGGACAGCACAGAAACAGAAAUCCUAAAUAAAUCUCAAAUUGAAGCCAUUGCUGCCUCAUUAGGACUACAGUCAGAGGACAGUGCUCUGCCUAAAGAGGAAACUGCCUAUGGAAGAUCACUAAAAGUGGCACUGGAUAUUCUGAAUGAGAGAACAAAUUUGAGUCAAGCAAGCACUUCAGAUGAAGAGGAGAUCACUAUGCUGUCUCAAAAUGUACCACAAAAACAGUCUGAUUCGCCCCCUCAUAAAAAAUACCGGAAGGAUGAAGCCGACUUACCAGAGUGUCUUCAGGAAAGUGAAAACUCAGCAUGCUUAUUAGCAUCUUCAGAGAGUGAUGAUUCCCUGUAUGAUGAUAAAUCACAAGUGCACACAAUGGCCAAUACUAUUCCAAGUGAAGUGGAAACAAAGUCAUUACAAAACUCUAGCUGGUGCGAGACUUUCCAUUCACUUUCAGAAGAUAAUGAUGAAAAAGAGAACAAGAAUAAGAUUGAUAUCUCAGCAGUUAUGUCUGUGCAUUCUGCAGUAAAAGAGGAAAGUGCAUAUGUUAAAGAUGAAAAGUUUGCUCCACCCUUGUCAUCAGAUAUCCUCACUAUGCCCAAAACUUUGAAAGAAGAGAGCCAGGAUCCAUGCCCAGAGACCCUGGCUGUUCCUUCUGAAUGCUCUGCUUUCUCAGAGAAUAUUGAAGAUCCUGGAGAGGGUCCCUCAAAUCCAUGCUUAGAUACCAGUCAGAAUCAACCUUCUGUGGAAUCAGAGAUGGGGGCUGCAGCAUGCCCUGGGAGUUGUUCAAGGGAAUGCCAGGUUUCAUUUAGUGCCUCUAACCCUGUCUGGGAUUAUUCACGUCUUAUGAAUAGUGAAAGAAAUUUUCAGAGAGUGGAUUUUGAAGAACUUGAGGAAGACGGUCAAGCCUCUGACAAGUCAUUGCUUCCAAGUCGCAUUAAUCUUUCUCUAUUAGAUGAUGAUGAGGAAGACGAAGAACUUCCACGCUUCAUUUUACAUUAUGAGACACGUCCAUUUGAAGCAGGAAUGAUAGUCUGGUUUAAAUAUCAGAAAUACCCAUUUUGGCCAGCAGUGAUUAAAAGUAUCAGACGAAAAGAGAGGAAAGCAAGUGUGCUUUUUAUUGAGGCAAACAUGAAUUCUGAAAAGAAGGGCAUUAGAGUAAAUUUUAGAAGAUUAAAGAAAUUUGAUUGUAAAGAGAAACAAAUGCUAGUGAACAAAGCCAGGGAGGAUUAUAGUGAGAGUAUUGACUGGUGCAUCUCACUAAUUUGUGACUACAGAGUUAGAAUAGGCUGUGGUUCUUUCACAGGCUCUUUGCUUGAAUAUUAUGCUGCUGAUAUUAGUUACCCAGUUAGGAAAGAAAUAAAACAGGAUACUUUCAGGAACAAAUUUCCAAAGCUGCAUAAUGAAGAUGCCAGGGAACCGAUGGCUGUGACUUCCCAGACCAAGAAAAUGUCCUUCCAAAAAAUUCUCCCUGACCGGAUGAAGGCUGCUCGGGACCGAGCCAACAAGAACCUGGUGGACUUCAUUGUGAAUGCGAAGGGAGCAGAGAACCAUCUUCUGGCCAUUGUAAAUGGCACUAAAGGAUCCAGAUGGCUGAAAUCAUUUUUGAAUGCAAAUAGGUUCACACCCUGUAUUGAAACAUACUUUGAGGAUGAAGAUCAGUUGGAUGAAGUGGUGAAAUAUUUACAAGAAGUCUACAAUCAAAUAGAUAAAAUAAUGCCAACUUGGAUAAAAGAUGACAAAAUUAAAUUUAUCCUAGAAGUUCUUCUGCCAGAAGCAAUUAUUUGUUCAAUUUCUGCUGUUGAUGGGUUAGAUUACGAGGCAGCUGAAGCAAAGUAUCUAAAAGGACCAUGUCUAGGCUACAGGGAAAGAGAAUUAUUUGAUGCAAAAAUAAUAUAUGAAAAGAGACGAAAACCACCAACAAAUGAAGCUCACUAAAUGUGCUGAAAGUUGAAACCAUGACAGGGAGCUCUCAUAGAUACUAGUUGAAAAAAAUCUCUGAACAAUUCUCUCUUAAUACAUAUUUUCUGCAAAUGGGAGAAUGGAUAAUGUGUUCACUUCUUUUUUGAGAUAUCUAGGAUCUGUGGUUAUAAUUACAUCUUUAUUUCCUUUUCUUGCGCUUCUUCAAAGUUAAUUUUGUCAACAUAUUUCAGCAGUUCUACUUUCCCAUACAUUUUUAGAAAGCAUAAUUCCUAAAUGAUUUAGAAGGGAAAGUACCAUUUUGUUUUAUGACACUUUAGAAUCUAUGCUGUAUUGUUAAAUAUAUUGUGCACAAUUAUUUUAAUGUUAAAAUUGCACUGGUGUUAGAUAUUAACCAAGAUGAUUGGAAAAAAGUCUAAAAGAUACAUCAUUUCUAUAUUCCUCGCUUAAUUUUUAUAAAAUAUUGGGUUUUCCCUCACAUAGUUGAAUUAUUUUUCUUGCCAUGCCUAUUUAUUUUUGCAAAAAAAAUUAUCUGAUGUAUAGAACCAAAGAUAGAUUUGCUUUGCUAUAUAUUAUAACUACACUUGCUUUUGCAAUAAAACAACUUGUAAUUCAAAAAUGAAGAUUAUCUGCAUGUAGUAUUUAUGUGUGUGAAUAACAUCUUGGCAUGCAGAAAAUAAUUUUGGCUGCUUUUAACAGAAUUGUUCAUUCUACACUUCCCUGAAAUUCCAUUUUUGGGAGUGUCUGUCCUUCAAUGGCUGAAUAGUUCCUUAAAUCAGUCAAGCUCCUGGCUAUCUUCAUAACUAACAGUGAGUGGGUCUUCUUAAUAUAGGUGUCUGACCACAUGUGGAAGGCAGCUAGACUUAUUGUAUUUACAGCCUGGCCACUCUAGACAUAUGAAUCCAGGCUGACUGCUUAAGUGCCCAUCUCGUUUGAUAUAAACUGUAGAAAAGGCAAGCACUUUGUUCUGAGUCUUUUAUCUCCAAAUACAUAGUUGUCUCAAACCAAGCAAGCUUUAUCAAAAUGGCUUAUUUGUAGAAUAGUUUCAAUGAUACAAAUGCCAACUGGCAAGUCAUUCCAAACUGCUUGAAGGAGUAGAUGGACCAGAAUCUGAGAAUUUGGAAAUAGGUCACAGAAAAAGCCUCCAUUUGGCUAAAUAUGACAAUGUCUGAGUAUGGUUAAACAUACACAAUUAAAAGUCUGAAGCCAACGAGUUGUUUAUUCUAACUUGAAAUAUAUUUUUGUGAGAAAAAAUGUUAGAAAAGUUAGUUUAUUUAAAAAACUUGCUGUGAAAGGAAAUUCUAAGGGCUUAACAUGAAGCUGUCUGCAUUUUUACCUGUUAGACAAUGGUCGCCCUUGGGCUCUUGUUAUACAUUCACAUGGCUACGCGUUUAUGUAAAGUUUGCAAAAAUUUGGUGUUUUGAUUUACAAUAAAACUAUUAUAUUAUUCACCUUG